AUGUGUUCUACUGAAGUUUUGUCUAGUUACAUAAAGAAACUCAGUCAUCCGUUGAAGGAAAUCCGCGAACGGUCUUUGCAGUUGCUUCUUGCAAAGUUACAAUUAGGCUGGGAAUUCGAGGAUGAAUUAGCAAAUACACGCAAACUUUUGGAGUCACUCCUUGCUUGGUUCCACGCUCAUGAGCCGACUUUGCAACAAGAAGCCCUUACUUUGCUUCUUCUAACUAUCAAAACUAAAUCAGGCAAUUACAUAGCGAAAGAAUUGGGAAUAAAGGAGAUACUGUUGACCUUGGAUAAAGCAAAAAUGAAGAUUGUACCAGAGGCAAUGGAAACAUACUAUGAUGUAAUAGAUACACUGCGAUUCUUGAGUACUAUUGAAUCGGAGAUUAGCAUUGUUCCUCAACUAUCACUGCAGUCUCUUGGAAGUUCAGAAAGCGAAGGGAGCUCCAGUAGUGGUUACUAUAAUUUAGGCCCUAAUUUCCAGUCUUCUAAGGAGCCAUCAGAAUCAAAUAAUGACAUUGAAGCCAAUAGACGUAAUACGUGUCAGUCUACAGACGGUGUGAAAGUACUACUCUUCCCUUGGGUUGAUCUGUGUGUUUCUGACUCCAAAACUAUGCUGUUGGUUGAAGAUGCCCUAAAACUUCUCAAGUCAACCCGUAGAUGUUGCAGAUUUAUUAGGGAUGUCUUCUUGCGAGACUUCCCUGCGGAAAUAUUUUUGAAUAGACCAGCUAUUGUGAAGAGUCUAAUAACAAUAGCAGACGGCGGGAACACUGGUCGUCCAGAAGAAGCUUUGCAGGUUCUUCUGAGCAUUACACAAGCAUUGCGAGCGCGCAUUUUACAGCUUUCUAGUUUAGAGUUAAUUCAUGAAGCUGUUAAGAGCACAACAGACUAUCGAGAUUCAACAGACAGAGUGAAUUUAGAACUAGAGCAACUACGAGAUGGCUCGAAUGAUUUACAAAUUGAAGAAGAUGGCUUAGCAGCGUUGAAACAGAUUCCCGCGCCAAUAUACGCACUGGAUACGUUACUCGCUGUGCUCACUAUCAUGGCUAGGAAUGUCGCUCUAGUCGAACCAGAUAAUUUGAGUGACUGUUUAAAUUUGAAAGAGAUCAACAUUUCCCUGAUUUUAGUUGAAAAUCAGGUUUCUCUAUUGAUGGACUGUAUAGAGGAUACAUUUUGGUGCAUAGAGCACAAAUCUAAAACUUUGAGGGACAUAGCACAUAAGAGCUGUAUGGUCAUGCGUUUGUUAGGCGAUCUUUUGAUGAAGUACAAAAAGUUAUUUCUCGACGAUUUAAGUAAAAACCACUACCGAGUCGCAUGGCUGCGCCUAGUCGCCUGUGCAGAGAGGCUGUUGCACUGGGCUCGGGACUCCGCCAUGCCCCCUUCGACUUUAGUGGUCGCCCUACAGUCAGCGCAGCUCGACCCAGCAUUGGAAAUGUUAUACCCUGAGCUUAGCAUGAAAAUAAGUGCUAGUUUACAGAACUCAAGGACUCAAGUAGAUCAAGAAUAUAAAACGAAAUAUAGAGAACUCCAAAAACUAUAUGCUAGUAUGGACGAUGCAGCUCAAUUUAUGAAGAAUAAAAAUAGUUGCCGGGAUAGUAAAACCGUAUUAAUACUAAUCAAGAAUUCCCUUCCCGUAUUAGAGUUGCAUCUUAGAGAAACGUAUUUGAAUGAUGUAUGUACUGUUUUGCUAAAGAAGACGAAGUAUUUUGAUAUGAACGAUGAAGAUUGGUCGAUAUCUCGACACAUAGCAUUGAAUUUGAUGGCCAAUAGUAUUGAAUGGGUACAAGGAAAAUUCUACAGGUUGAUGGCAGACAUGGUCCGAUCGGUUCUUGUUGGAGACGAAAUGACACAAACUGAUAACGAGAAAUGUCUAACAUUGCUGUGUGAUGUUGGAUUAUUGACUGAGAUCUGCUGUCAUGGACUUAGUUCUACUUUGAAAGAGGUGGAAGCUAGCGCGUCUGACAUAAUGCUGUACUUGCUUAGAGGCCGAUUGGUGCUAAGCGAGGCAUGUUGGUGGCGGCUGCUGGCUAGCCUACUACCGGUUUUGCCAUUGCUGCAAGUAUAUGCUGCUCAUGAUACGCAGUUAGGUCUAGCAAUCUGCAAGUCUCUUCAACCCGACAUAGCUGAGUGCAUGGGCGUGUCUAUGACCGAGGUCACUAUGGGACUAGUGCGAUUGCUGUUCGUCAAAUGUCCUGCUGUACAAAUGGACGCGGCGCAUUUGUUAUGCAGGUUGCUUGAUGAUGAAAGGUAUUUGCCCCCAAAAGAAUCUUUACGAACUGACGUUUUGAUGACCGCAUUAGGGAGGUUGGAGCCACAGGAUUUCAAUGUCGACAGUUCCACUCCUGUGACGAAACACCCACAGACCACAGGCCUAAUACAAAUACUUGAUGUACUAAAACAAGAUCUAGUACUGGAUGAACUUGGAGAAGACUUUUUGACACGUUCAAGUUUAGUACCAUUUGUAGAGCCUUCAUUGCGCAGGAGCACAUUACAGCAAUUGUCCGUGAUGCUACGGCAAGUGGAGCUCCAUGAUACCUUUUUGAAUUGUGACGGAUUGAGGAUAAUUGUUGCUAUAUUAAGAAUCUCAAUGUUGGUGGACGACUACCUAGCAUUCCCCGAAUGCGCGAUCAGCUGCGUGUCUAUUAUAAAUAGCGUUUGUUUCAUGAGUAGACACGCUUUGGCCAAAAUAAAUGAUUUAACCGCACUUUUGCUAAGAGUGAUCCUUGUCUUCCCUGCGAACGAGUCAGCGGUUUUAAUGUCAUCACAGAUCCUAUCUCUAAUAGCAUGGUCUGGAUUCGCGCUACAAGAGCUGGACGCAUCGCGACGCCGGAUACCGGCGUUGCCACACAGCGUUACGGAAAGAACCAAUUUACCCUUUAUUGUUAACAGUUAUUGGAAGACUAGUUGUAAUGCGGAACAUUCUUCUAUGGAAUGGCUACUAUCGAAUGAAGAGUGGCGGUCAGCCAUCAGAGUUCGCUGGUGGUGCGCAUUUGAAGGGAGCACUCGUGUAUUAAGAGAUGCGCCUAUUCCCCCCGCGCCCCUUUCACUCCGUCCUACCAGUAAAGAUCUUGCGGCAUUACGUGCUGCCUGCCCUUGUUUUUCCAGUGCAAAAGCCUUGAUGAAUUUAGAGAACGCUACAUCGCAUAGACAAGUUAAUGAUGCACUUAACACUUUGGAAAGUUACACGCACCUGCUACAACUAUCGUCAGUGAAUAUCCGAGAGUUUGGUUCCCUUCCAUGGCAACAUAUGCGGCGAUUUCUUCACGCGCCGCCAGCAUCAUCCAGAGACACUACAUUACUCGUCACUUUACUGAACUUCAUAAUAUCUUAUAUAAACAAUAUACCGGAUAAUGGAACCUCAAUCGCCUGGAUAAAAACAUAUUUCAUAGGCAACGACGCGUCCGUUAUAUCACUUCUAAGUCGCAACGAAUUAUACCUGGAACAGACUCCACAAGAAAGCAUUGAAGUUACUCAAUUGCACAUUCAUAUAGUCAAAGUUCUCCUUAAAUGCGUUGUUAUAUUGGAAUACCAUAAUGACUAUGAUAGCAACAGGCUGGAAAGUCUAGUGAGGAUCCUACUCACUUGUCUGCAGAAAAUUGAUUUGAAAAAUUUUCAUAUGCUAGGCUAUCUUAACGAGCUGGUACGAUGUAUACGUUACUCUCUUAACUCCCGUUACUGCAAGCUAUCCGAAGAUACCCUAGUGCAAAGCAUGACAGUGUUAACAACGACUCUAGCUGGUUGCGCGGCCGGUGGAGGCCGAAAAGGCCAAUCGUGUAGACUUGAUGCUUUACUCGCACUGCUGGCUUUGUUACGGCAGAUACACGAAGAACGGAUACCUGUGCAGCGCUGGAGCGAGCUAUGGAGUAGCGAGGUGGUGAACACGGUGGUACUCUGUGCUAAGGGCGCGCGUGCCGAUCUGCGAGCGGCCGCGUUAAAUGUAAUGGCUGCGCUUGCGUGCCAUACGCAACUUCUACCACAGCUUUUGCAAGCGAUCCCGGUAGAGUCCUUGGCUCUAUACGCAGCUGAUAUCUUCUCCGAGGAUCACGAAGCCAACGUGGUCCGAACUGCUGCUGCGACCCUGCUUACAACACUUUCUGCACGGGUUUCUCCACAUACUGACAUUGUGGAAACAGGAAUUCUAAAUACAUUGAAAGAUACCCAGUUUUUGGAUAACUGCUUAAACAUAUUGGUGGACUUGUGUAAUGAAAAGGAGUACAAAAACGUUCUUGAGCCAAAUCUUCCAUUGUCAUUGCUUGAACGCCGUUCAGAGCUAGAAGUAAGAUCACAAAAGUGCGGCGACGUCCACGUGUCACCUUCUUUAAUCACGUUCCGUGGUCGACCUCCGCCUACUGCCGCGCUGGUUUCAGCAACUGCUGAAGUGCUGUACAAUGUCAGCUCAUUCGCCCGCUGCCCUAUACAAGAAUGGAAUGAUCGGGGACUCUAUAGGUUGUUGUUUAGAUGCACAUCCUGGUCAAACGGCACUACAUCCGAAAAUCAGCGUAUUCAAAGAGCAUCAUGCCGUGCUCUUUACGCCGCUACGGCUCAUAAGUGUGUACGCGAAACCCUCGCCACGACGACGGACUGUCUUCAUAACUUGCUGUUAACUAUUACUCCGUUUGAUGAAGAUACUUGCACGGCAGAGUCCUUGUCAACUCGAGUUCAAGCUCUUCUAUUCCUUGGGUCCCUACUUGCGGACCGUACGGCUGGGGACAAUACCUGGAGGUUGUUACGAGAGGCAUUUGGUGGAGGUUUCUUCCAUUCGUUGUUACAGUGUUUGGAUUGCGAUGAUAUUGAUAUUCAGUUAGCGUCACUAUACUGCCUUACCCAAGUGGCUCAAUCUGCUGCAAACAAAAAAUAUCCUGAUAGAACCAAAGAUACAUCGCGCGUCGUAUUUUGGGACAGUUUAAAAUUUCCUUAUCCGAGUAGAACUGCAAGACAAGGCGCUGGCGACAGUGGCAGAGACGAUUGCCAGCCAGAAUAUAUGGUUGAAGAAAUCUGUAAAGCGUUGAUACAAUUUUAUAUUAAGCUUUCAUCGGAGAAGAAGACUAUGUCUGGUCAAGACGAGCACUGGACUAGUGUAUGUUCAUGCCUUUCGUCCAUCCUAUCUAUAAGCCCGUCCGCUCGUAUGUAUGGGGUUCACCGACAGUUGCCUUGCGUCUUGCUUGCAACUUUACAAGCAGCCAGAGACCGGCUUUCGUUGCAUGGCUCCGCUGAAGGAUUAAGGAACGCUGCUCAGAAUCCAAUCCUCAAAACAGUGUACUGGGUUCUAACUACGAUGACCUGCCAAAUGGUGGAUUGUCCUACUGCAAAAGAGGCCUUCGCAGAAGACAAUAUCGCAAUCUCCCUCAAUCGUCUGUGGCCCUGGUGCAUGCUCACUGAUCAACUCCGAGCUGCGAUUGUGUAUCUCUUGUUUGUAUUCAGCAAUGAUUGCCCUAAAGCGUGGGCGGCAAUGUCAAACUGUGUCAGUGGACGUUGUCUCGUCAUUGAAAUAUGUACAUUAACUUCACGUGAAGCGGCGCUACAGUCGCGGCCACGCCCCGAUAUGCUGCUCCUGCUCUGCUUGAAGACUUUGCGGCAUGUUGUCAUGCACCAUCAGUGCAGGGCUAUUAUACUCAAAAGUGACGUGCUACAAUGCAUGUACAAACUGCGAGUGCGCGAGCGUACCGCGGGCGGCACGGGCGCGGCCGGCAUCGAAUGGGCCAAAUUGUGUGAAGCAGCAGCUCGUCACGCCGAUGGUGCGCAGGCGCUGCUCUCACUUCGUCCUUUACUUACUGCGCCACCAGUACGCGCGAAGCUACUGCCUGCACUUGCACAUGUGGCGAAGCAUCGACGCACAGCUGUUCUGCAGUCGUCGGAUAUACUGGACCUUCUCUCGGGAACAUUACUAGCUGGCGAUAUGGCAGAGAUAGUGUCAGCUGCUCGCGCCGUUUGGGCUUUAGCUGCUAACAAUCAUAAGGCGAAACUGCUACUGCGCAGCGCAGGCGUGGCAGCGGCUGUCCAGUCAGCGCUACAGCGCGUACAGAUGACGCAAAGAGACUCCGCAACAAAUCGCGCCAUGCAGAUCCUCAUGUACACUAAUAACGUAUUACAAGCAUCUUGACCACUCUUCAGUGACUAAGAAGACGAAGACUUGUUGUCUUUCAAUGUUGUACUAAAUUUUAAAAUCAAAUUAAGCAGACUUGGAUGCAAGAUCUAUGGAGUUAACAAAUACGACAUCACAUCAAUGAACAAAUCUUUAUACAAUGAGAUUUGUUAGAAAGUGCUAAACUGACAAUUUUCCACAAUUAUUGGAUUUUAUUAUUGAUUAAAAGCUCUUUUGAAGUCGAUUUAAUAUGAAU